AUGUUAAGUAACAUAAAGCACUAUGCGGAGACCGUCAGCAAGCUAUCCGAUCAUGACGACUCCUCCAUUGACAGGUAAGUUUUCUCUCCACUAUUCCCUUUAGUUCCUUAGUUUCUUCUAGACUGAACUACGUGAUUACCACUUCCAUUCUCAUCGGAUUUUCCCUCCUUCUUUUUGCCAAAAACUAUGUCGGAGAGCCGAUGCAAUGCUGGACUCCGAAUCAGUUCAACGACGGAUGGGAGUCUUUCGCCGAGCAAUACUGCUUCAUUGAGAAUACGUACUUUGUGCCGAUGCAGGAUUCAAAUCUUCCAGCAGCGGACACGAGAGAAGAUAGGGAAAUGAUCUACUAUCAGGUAUCCGUUCGUUCGCUCUUCUUCAUGAUCCCCGAUGUUCUUCCAGUGGGUUCCUUUCCUUCUCAUCAUCCAAGCUCUUUUCUUCUGCAUCCCUCGCGCCUAUUGGAUCAUAUUCCCUUCGUACAGCGGACUCACCAUUGCGGACAUGAUCACGGCAGCCAGAAAGAACGGAAAACAGUUGGAAAGCGCGGACAAAGCCCUCGAGCAGGUCGCUCUUGUUAACUGGAGAACUGUGCAGCAGAAAGGACACAGCGGCUCGCGCAUCUUCAACUGCUACCUCGUCAUGAAGUUGCUCAUUCUCAUCAACGUCUACCUCCAGUUCUUCCUCCUCAACUCCUUCCUCAACACUGCAUACACUUUCUGGGGAUGGGGAAUCUUCUGGGACAUGUUCCACGGGCGUCACUGGCAGGAGAGCGGGCACUUCCCGAGAGUUUCCUUCUGCGAUAUCAAUGUGAGAGAGCUGGGAAACGUCCAUCACUGGAGCCUGCAAUGCGUUCUGAUGGUCAACAUGUUCAACGAGAAGAUCUUCAUCUUCCUCUGGUUCUGGUUCGCUUUCCUGCUCGUCGCCACUACUUUCGACUUCAUCGUCUGGGUUUGGAGACGGUUUGACAAGCAAUCGAGAAUCGGAUUCAUUCUCGACCUUCUGGUUAGUUCGAAGAGGAUUUCUCCUCCAGCUACAUCAUAGUUUUAGACCCAAGAAGGUGUGGAUCACUCUCCCGAGAAGGCAAACGAGCUGUACCAAAAUGUGCUCCGCGACGACGGAGUGCUCUUCCUCCGCCUUCUCGAUUCGAACAGUGGCCGCCUGAACUCCGAAGAGCUCAUGAAAAAAAUCUACAAUAUCUCAAUCGGCAGUGAGUUUUCUUCCUUCUUCUCUUUCUUUUCAUUUCUCGGGACUUCCUUCUCCUUUUUUCAAAUCUCAUUUUUCAGAUGGAUCCAAUGCGAGUUCUCCAACUGAAGAAAAUUAG